AUGUCUAAUUUGCGAGUUUUUUCUCGGGACAAUCCUCAACGCACUCUUACUAUAACCACAAACGACUUCGCCUUGAUCUUCAAACAUCGCUCAACAGCUCCAACAAUCAAUAAAUCACCCAGUAAUGGCACACCACGAUGUCUCGUUGAAUUUGCAACGUUACAGUCUGUUGACUUGAGAGGCUAUCGAGCUUUGGGUGAUGGGCUUGGGACUCUUGGGUUGAUUACUUUGGGCGAGGAAGUCUUCCUCUGUAUUGUUACUGCUUGUUCAGACGCCGCAGCAGUAAGACCAGGAGAGACAAUCUCAAAAAUUGACAACGUUGACUUCUUUUGCCUUAGUCACUCGGACUAUGAAAGUAGACUUGAAUACGAAUCCGAAUCCUCCUUUGCAACUGAGGAGUUCGGUCGUGGACCCAGCUUUGAGAAUAAGGAGAUGGUUACUGAUCAUCCGUUCUUAGCCCUGAAGAAGCUCCUGAGUGACGGCAGCUUCUACUAUAGUCUUGAUUUCAACCUCACUGAUCGACUGCAAGACCGUUCGGAAAAGUCGGCAGCUUUCGAUAUUGAUACUCUAGAUGAGGAUAUGCUGUGGAACUCGUACAUGAUCCAUCCGCUUCUUCUUUUCAGGAGCCACCUGUCCCCUGCCGAAAAGCAACGUCUCGACUCUUCCCAGAUCCUGACAUGUGUUAUACGCGGCUUUUCUGGUACACUGACAAUCCCUGCUUCAAUAUCCAUCUUGCCCCAGCUACGCACGAGUUAUCCUUCCACGUUGACCAUCAUUUCGCGACAGUCCUCUCGGCGAGCAGGUACAAGGUUUAAUUCUCGAGGUAUUGAUGAUGAUGGCCAUGUUGCCAAUUUCGUUGAGACAGAGACAAUUCUUUGGAUCCCACCCAAUACCACAUUUUCUUAUGUUCAAGUACGUGGCUCUGUGCCUAUUUUCUGGGAGCAAGCUACUGGAUUCCUGCCUGGGCAACAAAAAAUUGAAAUAACUCGAUCUAGCGAGGCGACUCAGCAUGCUUUUAACAAGCAUUUUGAGAAUCUUGAAUUAGAAUAUGGUGCAAUUCAUGUGGUUAACCUUCUCAGUAAGCUUAAAUCCGGGGAGUCUGAGCUGUCGACGGAGUUUUCCAACCAGCUCAGGAAGAGUCCACUUAGCCAAAAAGCCGAUUCUAACAUCUCAUCCAAUCAUGCACUUUUGCGAGCAACUGAAUUCGAUUUUCACGUUGAGACUCGAGGUCCCUUGGGGUACGGGGCUAGCAGCCAAAUAAAACCCGAGAUAUCUGAUUCUUUGGAUGGUUUUGCAUAUUUUCUAUCAGAAGGGAGUGUCUCAGCAACUUCGGACGAGAAUCAAGAUGAACCGAGAAGUUCCUUUGUCAUUCUUCAACAGGAAGGCGUAUUCCGGACAAAUUGUCUAGAUUGUCUCGACAGGACUAAUCUUGUGCAAACCAUCAUCAGUUCCAUGGCUCUGGAAUCUUUUAUGUUGCAGCGGAAAGGAAGGCUAAACCCAGAAGUCCAGCUGAAGCACUCAACCCUUUGGGCCGACAACGGGGAUGCUUUGUCAAAAAUCUACGCAGGUACAGGGGCUUUAAAAAGUUCAUUCACACGACAUGGCAAAAUGUCCAUUGCUGGCGCGCUGGCAGAUGCAAGGAAGACCGCAACACGGCUUUAUGUCAACAAUUUCUCCGAUAAAGCUCGUCAGAAAACAAUAGACCUUCUAUUAGGACGAUUGACAGAUCAAUUGCCGGUGCGUCUCUAUGACCCGAUCAAUGAUCUGGUUUCCGAUGAGUUAAAUAAUCGAGCGUUGGAGUAUUCCUCUACCAAGCCUAUCAGAAUCUGGACAGGGACAUUUAACGUCAAUGGGAGACACCGUGGGCCAGAUGUUGACCUAGCUCCAUGGCUGUGGGCAGGAAUUGACGAGCAAACUGAGGACCCGACUAUAUUUGCUGUGGGCUUCCAGGAGAUUGUUUCACUAAGUCCACAGCAGAUAAUGUCGACGGACCCUACAACUCGUAAGGUAUGGGAAGUUGCUGUUGGGAACUGUUUGAACAGCCGCGCGAGGUCGAGAGGGACUUCGAAGUAUGUCCUUCUGCGAAGUGGCCAGCUCGUUGGCGCCGCACUUAUGGUAUAUGUAAGAGAAGAUGCACUGAGAGAUGUUAAGAAUGUUGAAGGGAGUGUUAAGAAGACGGGCCUCUCCGGAAUGGCCGGUAAUAAAGGUGGCUGUGCAAUACGCUUUGAGUACUCCAACACGCGGAUAUGUUUCGUCACGGCUCAUCUUGCCGCUGGAUUUGCAAACUACGACGAGAGAAACAGAGACUAUGAGACUAUAUAUCACGGACUCCGGUUCCAGAAAAACAGAGCAAUUGAGGACCAUGAAGCCAUCAUUUGGCUUGGAGAUUUUAAUUAUCGGAUCGGUCUCGACAGCCACUUCGUCAGGGAACUUGUGGCACAGAAAGACUACCAAAAGCUUUACAACAAUGAUCAGUUAAACCUACAAAUGUUGGCAGGCAGAGCCUUCCCGUUUUAUACUGAGGGGCUCAUUACUUUUCCCCCAACGUACAAAUACGACAUUGACAGCGAUACUUAUGAUACAUCAGAGAAAGCACGUAUACCUGCUUGGUGCGAUAGAAUAUUGUGGCGAGGGUCAUGUCUUCGUCAGAUAGACUAUAACACUGCAAAAUUACGAUUUUCAGACCAUCGUCCCGUUUGGGCCACUUUCUCAUGUGUCAUCAACGUUGUUGAUGAAGCUAUGAAGGCUAAACUCAGGCGAAUACUUUAUACUGAGAGACGCAACGACCCCUACAAUAUACUGUCAAAGACAAUAGAGCAAGCGAGGGCACAAAGUGAGGAACAUAUUCCACCCACGCCUAUUGCUCCUGGUCUACCACCAGCUAGUUCGGAUCAUCAUAGGUGGUGGUUAGAGAAUGGGGCACUCGUAAAAUCAGCUUUGAGGCCGCCUGGUGAUGGAUACAAUCUCAACAUCCACCACAGUUCCAACCCUUUCUCCUCCAGCAGUGACGCGAGUUGGAUCAAUACUCAUCGUUCCUUUAAAAGACAAACUAUUACUAAGAACCAGGAUACUGUAUCGCAAGGUCCGCAACUUCCCCCAAGGCUCAAAGUUCAGAUUCCGCCAAUUGAUCGGGGUACGGGGAGUCAUUCGUCAAGUUCCUUGAACACAAUCAAUAGGUAUAGCGGACAACUGGGUAAUGAGAAGGCUGCACCACCGAUACCCCGAAAACCGGUUUCCCUUAGUUCAAAGCAAUGUCUAACGGCAUCCUGUCAAGUUACUAGUAGCCCACAGACAGUUGCUAAUACGGAGCCCAUCUUCAAAGGAUAUAACCCAAUAGGACAGAAUCUUGGAGGCAAGGUUAACAAUAGUACGCCAUCUGCCCCAACUGAGAGGUUGCCAGAUACUGGCAUGUCAAAUGGCUUUUGGAUCGGCGGACAGGAGGAACAUAGACAAGGCAAAAGCUUACAAACAAAUUCAUCAAUCAGGUCACCUCCGAGGUCUACAGAUGAAGUUCAUGAUCUUCUUGGUGGAACUGGAGACGAAAUUAUUGAAUGGAAGCCCCUUAUUCCCCAAUGA